AUGGCGCCGCCCAUGGCGCGGUGCCCCCGCCCUCCGCCGCCGCACCGCGCCUGGCAGCCGGGCCGGGGCGGCGCGGGGCCAUGGGCGCCGCGGGAGGCGGCGGCGGGCGGCAGGGCACCGCGGCGGGCUAGGGCGAGCGAUCGGGUCGCGGGGCGGCGCGGCGGAGCUCGCAGGACCAUGGCGACAGCGGCGGCGGCGGCGCCCGGGCGGGCGCGGCGAGGGGCGCCCAUGUACUCGCAGAAAGAGCUCACAUCCAAGAAAAGAGAUGAGUUUGAAGAUAUCUUGGAGGAAAGACGGUUGUCCAGUGACUUGAGAUACGCAAUGAAAUGUUAUACUCCUGUGAUCUACAAGGGACUUUCACCUUGCAAGCCAAAUGCUAUUAAAAGUGCUGUUCUCCAGUCAGAGCAAGUUCAAUAUGUUAUCAAGCAGUUAGCCAAAGAGAUGGGAGAAUCACCUGAUAUUAUUCAAGAAGAAGCCAUGGAAAUCCUGGAUGAGAUGGGCCACCGUAUGCAGUUAGGAGCUGUCAGAUUUUUUGCCUUUACUCUGAGCAAAAUAUUUAAACAGCUUUUCCAGAGAGUUUGUGUGAAUGAAGAAGGAAUGCAGAGAUUGCAACACGCCAUUCAGGAGCAUCCAGUUGUACUGCUGCCCAGUCACCGAAGCUACGUAGACUUUUUGAUGCUGUCUUAUUUGCUAUAUACCUAUGAUUUGGCUUUACCUGUCAUUGCUGCAGGAAUAGAUUUCCUAGGAAUGAAAAUAGUUGGUGAGCUGCUACGAAGGGCAGGUGCCUUUUUUAUGCGACGUUCCUUUGGUGGGAACAGACUCUACUGGGCAGUGUUUGCUGAAUAUGUAAAAACAAUGUUACGGAGUGGCUAUGCCCCAAUUGAAUUUUUUCUUGAAGGGACUAGAAGCCGCACUGCCAAGACUCUGACUCCAAAAUUUGGUCUUCUCAGCAUUGUGAUGGAACCCUUUUUUAAACGUGAAGUCUUUGACACAUACCUAGUUCCCAUCAGCAUCAGUUAUGAGAGGAUAUUAGAAGAAUCUCUCUAUGCAUAUGAACUCCUAGGAGUCCCAAAGCCCAAAGAAUCUACAUCUGGGUUGUUGAAAGCCAGAAGAAUCCUCAGUGACAAUUUUGGUACCAUACAUAUCUACGUUGGCCAGCCGGUGUCCCUUAGAACAUUGGCAUCUGGGAGAAUCAAUCGGUGCCCAUACAAUUUAGUUCCCAGGCAUCUUCCCCAAAAGCCAUCAGAGGAUAUCCAAGAAUUUGUCAGUGACGUAGCUUAUAAAAUGGAACUCCUGCAAAUAGAAAACAUGGUUUUGAGCCCGUGGGUGCUGGUUGCUGCUCUCCUGCUCCAGAAUUUGCCAGCCAUGGAAUUUGAACUUCUAAUAGAAAAGACCCUGUGGCUUAAAGGCUUAACACAGACUUUUGGAGGAUUCAUUGAAUGGCCUGAUAACCUGUGUGCCAAAAAAGCAGUCCUGUCUGGCCUCACCCUGCAUUCCAACAUUGCUCAACUUGUCGAUGGCCACGUGGUCCUGAAUGACAAAGGAAUGGAAGAUGGAGCUGUAGGGGAGAUAGUCUUCAAGCGUGCCCUGGCCAUCCUCAUGUGUGCCACGUACAGAAACCAGCUGCUGAAUGUGUUUGUGCGUCCAUCUCUGGUGGCACUUGCCUUGCAGAUGACACCCAGCUUCAGAAAAGAGGAAGUUUAUGGCUGCUUCAGCUUCUUAAGAGAUGUUUUUUCUAAUGAAUUCAUCUUCUUUCCUGGCAUUUCAUUGAAGGAUUUUGAGGAAGGAUGUUUUCUGCUCACGAAAUGUGAUGCCAUUCAAACGAGUCAACAGGAGAUCUACCCUACCGACAAAGGAAGUGCAAUGGUGUCUUUCUUGUCAGCUAUGUUCAGACCUUUUGUGGAAGGUUACCAGUUAAUUUUCAGAUACCUCUCAAAGGAAAUGAAAGAAGCAUUUACCGAGAAGCAGUUUAUACCUGGAGUCCGCAACUUUGUUUUUCAACUUCUUGAGAAGGGUAUUACGCAGUGUUAUGAAGCCCUGUCUUCUGACAUGCAGAAAAAUGCCUUAGCAGCUCUUGUGCAACUAGGUGCUGUGAAGAAAAAGAAAACGUCGAAUGGAUUCACUUACAAUGUAAAUCAAGAAGCUGUUAGUAAAAUCCUGGACAUGUUUGAUGCUCGGAUACCUGUACAGAAACCUGUGGCUGCACGACUCUAAGUGGUUCCUGAUGCUGUGAGUGGAUGUAAGUGCCUGCUGAGAACAUAGACCACUGCCCCGCUGGAGCAGGGACAGGAGCGGGCAAGUUUCCCCCUCUUGCCCAGUCAGCCUUCAAGCGGGGAGGCAGAGAGGUGUUCCCCAGCUGGGCAGCUCUCCAUGACUGCUUAGGAGUUGCUGCUGUGAGGGAUAGAGUUGCAUUUGUAUCCUCACUGUCUUUUGUUUUUUAAAACAAAUUAAACAUUGUCUUUUUUUAAAAUGAUAAAUAUUUAAAGAGAUGUGAACAGUAAUCGCUACCUAAAUACAUUUUUCUAGACUAAUAACAAGGAAUGUGAUUGGUUUCAAAUAUUUCAUGGAUAUGAAAAUGUAACGGGGAGUUGAAAGACUUACUACUAAAAUUAAUAUUUAGAAAAAAACCAUUGCGGGCUGGCUAAUGCAAGGCAAGGCAUUCAUAAGGAAUGAAGAGCACAAAUCAAACCUUGGGCAAUAACCAGGACUGCUAAUUGUGUUGCGUUUUGUGUUUUGGUAUUUUUUUGUUUGGAUUGGGUUUGUUUGUUGGUUUUUUUUUUUAAGGCAACUUGGCAUUAUUUUAAUUACUUCAUGAAUGUUAUAUUUAAACAUUGAAUUAAAGCAGCGCCGUUAACGUG